GCUCGUCAGCCACAACCAUCUCACUCGCCACACCCCACAACCCCUGCACCGCCGCAAGUAAACCCUGGGUCUGAGCCAAUAAAUUCUCAGCCCUGUUGUUAUUUUGGGUAUCCGGCCCGCGUCAUAAGUCGAUCCUAAGGCAGGUACAACCCCCAUCAGGCUGCAGUGUAUUUUCAGGAGGAGCUCUCAAUUUAAAUACCAACUAUAUCUCGCCAUGUCUUCCGGUCUAAAAUCUGUGGCAUAUUUCGUCAAUUGGGCGAUCUACGGGCGCAAUCACAACCCCCAGGAUCUCCCCGCAGAUAAAUUGACCCAUGUCCUCUAUGCAUUCGCCAACGUCCGGCCCGAGUCCGGAGAAGUGUAUCUGACAGACACUUGGUCCGACAUCGAGAAGCACUAUCCAACGGCUCAUGGAACGACGUCGAAGCAGAAUAGGCAACUGAAGGUUCUGCUGUCUAUCGGAGGGUGGACCUACUCUGCCAAUUUUGCCCAGCCGGCAAGCACGGAGGCCGGACGCACGAUGUUCGCUGAAACGGCCACAAGGCUGGUGUUGGACCUCGGUCUUGAUGGGUUUGAUAUCGAUUGGGAAUAUCCGAAGGAUGAUAACGAGGCAUAUAACUUUGUGCUACUUUUGCAGAAGUGUCGUGAAACCCUGGACAGGGCAGCUGGCCCAUAUCGGAAAUUCUAUUUGACCAUUGCUUGCCCAGCAGGCAAGGAACAUUACUCAAAGCUCAGGCUUCGUGAAAUGACACCCUAUCUGGAUUUCUACAACUUAAUGGCUUAUGACUAUGCUGGCAGCUGGGACAGUCUUGCGGGCCAUCAAGCCAAUAUCUACCCUUCUCCUGACAGGCCAGGCUCGACCCCGUUCUCAACGGUCGACGCACUUACAUAUUAUGAGACGGCGGGCCUUGUGCCGCGCUCGAAGAUAGUUGUUGGUAUGCCCAUAUAUGGACGUGCGUUCACCAAUACCGACGGUCCUGGUACGAGUUUCUCCGGCGUAGGUGAAGGAAGCUGGGAGAACGGGGUUUGGGACUACAAGGCACUUCCUAGACCAGGUGCAACGGAAUAUGUUGAUCCCAGCAUCGGUGCAUCGUGGAGCUAUGACCCGGCAACCCGCACGAUGAUCUCGUACGACAACGUGCGCAUGAGUGAGACCAAAGCGGCUUUCAUCAGACAUCAUGGACUAGCGGGUGGUAUGUGGUGGGAGACUAGCGCUGACAAAGGAGGCAAGACUGCCAACAAAGCCGAUGGUAGCCUGAUUGGAACCUUCGUCGAGGGUGUUGGAGGACCGGCCGCCUUGGAUCAGACUCCGAACGCACUUGAAUACCCAGAAAGCAAGUACGACAACCUGCGAGCCGGUUUCGCUUAA